CUCGAGCUAGUCGAGCUAGGGGCCGUGGCGGCAGUGACGGGCGGAGAGCGCGUGUCCGGAUCCAUUCCCUAGCGGCCCGCGAUCAUGUCCCUACUGCAGCGGCUGGCCCUGCUGGCUGUCCGUCUGCAGGAGCCGCAGCGGGUGGCGAGCUUCCAGCGUCUGUGUGGGGUGGAGGCGCCGCUCGGCAGCCCGGCGGAGGGCGAGGAUGCGGAGAGCGAGGUUCGCGGGGCCGCGGGGAACCCUCGGCGACGGGGACAGCAGCCGGGCGCGGAGUGCAGCCCCAGCCCCGCCAAGCCCGACUGCUGCGGCGCCCCCAACGGCGUACGCAACGGGCUGGCUGCUGAGCCGGGCCCGGCCGGGCCCCGCCGCGCGGGCUCGCUGCGCCGCAACUCGCUGACGGGCGAGGAGGGCGAGCUGGUCAGGGUGAGCAACUGGCCGCUCUACUACCUGUUCAGCUUCGGCACCGAGCUGGGCAACGAGCUCUUCUACAUCUUCUUCUUCCCCUUCUGGAUCUGGAACCUCGAUCCGUUCGUGGGCCGGAGGCUCGUGAUCAUCUGGGUGCUGGUCAUGUACCUGGGCCAGUGCACCAAGGACAUCAUCCGCUGGCCGCGGCCGGCCUCGCCGCCGGUCGUCAAGCUGGAAAUCUUCUACAACUCAGAGUACAGCAUGCCCUCCACGCAUGCCAUGUCCGGCACCGCCAUCCCCAUCGCCAUGGUCCUGCUCACCUACGGCCGCUGGCAGUACCCUCUUAUGUAUGGGCUGAUUCUCAUUCCCUGCUGGAGUUCUCUGGUUUGCCUCAGUAGAAUCUACAUGGGAAUGCAUUCCAUCCUGGAUGUUAUUGCUGGGUUCCUGUACACCCUUUUAAUCUUAGCUAUCUUCUACCCACUUGUGGACCUGAUUGACAACUUCAACCAAACCUACAAAUAUGCUCCGUUCAUCAUCAUCGGGCUUCACUUAGCUUUGGGCAUCUUCUCUUUCACUCUGGACACCUGGAGCACAUCCCGAGGAGACACAGCAGAGAUUUUGGGGAGUGGUGCUGGAAUUGCAUGUGGCUCUCAUGCUACUUAUAACCUGGGUCUAUUGUUAGACCCUCCUCUACACACAUUACCUUUAGCCAGCCCCCCACUUACUGUAACUCUGUUUGGAAAAGCCAUAUUACGGGUCGUCCUAGGAAUGAUAACUGUGCUGAUCGUAAGAGAUAUAAUGAAGAAGAUCACCAUUCCUUUAGCCUGUAAACUCUCCAGUAUUCCGUGUGAUGACAUUCGCCAGGCGAGGCAGCACAUGGAAGUGGAACUGCCGUAUCGGUAUAUUACCUAUGGGAUGGUUGGGUUCUCCAUCACAUUCUUGGUUCCCUACAUAUUUUCCUUUAUUGGUAUCUCUUGAUGGAGAAACAUUGUUUAUUAUAAGAAAGGAGGCUACCAGUUAUAUUUAAAACUAUUCUCCAGGUAAAACUCGGAUCAGAGGUUUUUGCAAGAAUUUAACUUAAAGAAGUAAGUUCUGCAGCCAGUGCAUUUUAUUGCUGCACUCCAGAUGUUUUGGGUGGGCUGAGCUCUUUCAGUACUGAGACGUGAUGUGCCCGUUUAGAAUGUUCACAAAAUGUUCGGAGAGUCCUGUGCUGUUACAAAUUGUAGUUAUAUAUAAUAUAUAUCAAGGUAUGCAGUUUGCAAGUGUGUAUCUAGUAUAUAUUAUAUAUAUAUAAUUAUUUACCUAAGAACUGUGGGGUGUAUUGAAAAAUCAAUAACAAUAUGCAGUUGUUCCCGCAUUUUUGGAAUUAAUGCAGGCAUGUUGUUAUUAACAAAUAGGUUUAACGUUUAUUUCCUAUGGGAGCCAUUUCCUAGUUGAAUUGAUAAUUACAGAAUCCAUACGCUACCACAUACUGGUUCACUGCCUCUUUACACUGCCAUCCCCUUUCCUGUUAUCCAUGACCUUGAUCAUGGGAGGCAUUUUUAAUGGACCAAGUUUUCGGGAAAUUUUGUUUUGUGGAUCUCUCUCUCUCUCUCUCUCUCUCUCUCUCUCUCUCUCUCUCUCUCUCUCUCUCU